UCCUCUCAUCAGCACCACACAGCGCAGAGGCAGAGAGUGAGGGUGAAGGAGGGAGGGAGACGAGCGGAGAAGUGGAGACCAGCUCGGUCGGUGCAGCUUCAUCCACAACCAAGCAGAAUCAAAGAGAAAGGAAGGACAUUCCAUCUUUUGCUCCGCACGCACGAAUAUCUGCAUCUCCUGUCCUUCAUCUGUCAGCUUCUUUUUUUUUUUUCUUCUCUUCCCUCCAUCUGCCUUUGAUAUUAUGAGCUCCGGCUUGUUAGAAAACCCGGUGCAGGCGAUUCUGUACCUUCGGGAGCUCACCACUAUCGUCCAGAAUCAGCAGAGUCUCAUCCAGACCCAGCGUGCCCGGAUAGAGGAGCUGGACAGGAGGGUGGACGAGCUCAUAGGUGAGAACAGGCACCUGCGGGACGUAAGGGUACAGCAGCAGCAUCCUUACCUUCACCACCAUCACCAUCAUCAUCUUCAGGACCCUACCUGCCUUCAUCACCACCAUCGCCCGCAGGAACCCCAGUUCAAGAACAGUGGAGAGUCUCCACACCAUGGAGCCGCACAAGCACAGAUUGAAACGGUUCCAGGGGUCCAGCCCCCACCUUCCCAACCAAUGGACCCGGGGGACAUGCAGCUGGUCCCAGCAGACCCGUCCACAAUUUCCCCGGCUGAAAGUGAGACAGAAAACGGCGGAAGUUGCCCCAGCUGCCGCUCUUUGGUUCCAAUGACCCCGUCCACUCUAUGUCGAUCCCUUACCCUGGCAAGAAAAUCCGAGAGCGAAACUGUCCUGCACCAGUUUUGCUGCCCUGCCCCUGAACAUCCUGAGGUUGACACCACUGUGACAUCUGGCGGACAGAUGCUGAGCCUGGAGGAUGGAACGUCUUCUGGAGGAGAACAGGAAACUGAGGUGAUCAAAAGGGAGGGACCCAGCGAAUAUGAGAUCAGUCUGGAGAAUAAAAACAAGCAGAUAGAGGAGUUAGAGCUGAAGUAUGGAGGCCAUCUCAUUUCACGGAGGGCAGCGCGUCGCAUCCAGACGGCCUUCCGUCAGUACCAGCUAAGCAAAAACUUCCAGAAAAUACGCAACUCUCUUUCAGAGAGUAAGCUCCCUCGCCGGAUCUCUCUGCGCCACCCCAGCCCUUCGGGACGAAACCGAAAUGCCGCCCAGAGACACAGUUACAAUCUGCAUCCGGGUGGAGGACAAGUACCAUUACGCUCUAAAACCCCCCCACCACCUCCUUGUCGUUCCACCUCACUGCCCCCAUCUCCUGCAUCCGUCCCUGGAAGUGCUACUUCUUCCACAAUGGGUCAAGUUCCCCCUCAACCUCCUGGAUCUACUCUCACACAGCUGGAAGACUGCUUCUCCGAACAACUUCACUGCUUGGCUCAGUCCAUUGAUGAGGCCCUUCGUGGUUUGAGCUUGUCCGAGAGUGGGGAGGGGAAGGGGCUGCUGAUGGACCCGGGGGCCCUCCGUGCAGCUGCUGAGAGCGCGUGUCUGCCCCGCAGCGCUAGCUCGCUGCUCAUGGCCUUCAGGGAUGUAACUGUUCACAUUGACAGCAAUAGCUCAUACACCAUCUCCUCUGCCACUACCACAACCACCACCUCUCUGGGAAACGCGGGUGGGGGAGAGGCAGGCAGCAGAAAGCCCUCUGUGAGCGGCAUGGCUGGAGCAGGAGACGGCAAGUCAAUGGAGGAACCGGAGUUUCCCGCACCUCCACCAAGUGAGGAGCUGGAAAUGGGGGAUCCAGGAUCCAGGAGGGGUUCGGCAAUCCCAAUUUCAGGUGGCAUUGGAAUAGAGGGGGAGAGUAGCUCAGACAAACUGGGACCCUCUGCUUCCACCACAACUUCCACUUCGGUUUCCGCCUCGGCCCAGUCGAAUCAGCACUCGGCCCAGAUUUACACCCAGUACCAGCAGUACCACUACACUCAUCCCCAGCAGAUCCCCGGGGGGCCGAGCCCGGAGGCUCUGCAAGCCCUGGUCGUCUCUCUGCCCAGGGACCGCUGCCAGGAUCCAGCCACUUGCCGUUCUCCAACUCUGUCCACUGAUACGCACCGGAAACGUCUCUACCGUAUUGGACUAAACCUUUUUAAUGUGAACCCAGAGCGGGGCAUCCACUUCCUGAUCACACGAGGUUUCGUCCCGGACACUGCCAUCGGAGUGGCUCACUUCCUGCUGCAGAGGAAAGGCCUGAGCCGGCAGAUGAUAGGAGAGUUUUUGGGAAACAGCAAGCUGCAAUUCAACAGAGAUGUCCUGGACUGCGUGGUGGAUGAGAUGGAUUUCUCAGGCAUGGAACUUGAUGAAGCCCUGAGAAAGUUCCAGGCUCACGUCCGUGUUCAGGGGGAAGCACAGAAAGUGGAAAGACUCAUUGAAGCUUUCAGUCAGCGGUACUGCAUGUGUAAUCCUGAUGUAGUGCAGCAGUUUCACAACCCCGACACCAUCUUCAUCCUGGCUUUUGCUGUGGUCCUCCUCAACACUGACAUGUACUCCCCCAACAUCAAGCCCCAGCGCAAAAUGGGCCUAGAUGAUUUUAUACGCAAUCUGAGAGGUGUGGAUGAUGGAGCAGACAUCCCCAGAGAGAUGGUUGCUGGCAUUUAUGAAAGGAUUCAGCAAAGAGAGCUGCGCUCAAAUGAAGACCACGUCACUUACGUGAGCCGUGUGGAGCAGUCUAUCCUGGGUCUAAAAACAAUCCUGGCUGUGCCCCACAGACGUCUGGUGUGCUGCUGCCGGCUGUUUGAGGUGCCUGACGCCAACAAACCUCACAAACAGAAACUGUCCCAGAUCCAGAGAGAGGUCUUUCUCUUCAAUGACCUGCUUCUGAUCCUAAAGCUGUGUCCCAAGAAGAAAAGCUCAGCUUCAUACACCUUCUGUAAAGCCAUGGGCCUUCUGGGGAUGCAGUUUCAUCUCUUCAGCAAUGAAUACUACGCCCAUGGUAUCACCAUGAUGAGCCCAUUUACCUCAGAGAAGAAGCAGCUGGUGAGUUUCUGCUCUCCGAGUGGAGAGGAGCUCAGGAAGUUUGCAGAGGAACUCAGGGAGGCUAUUGCAGAGGUCAACGAGAUGGAGCAGAUACACAUCCAAUGGGAAUUGGAGAGGCAGCAAGGCAUCCCGCCGCAUGGCUUACACACAAACGGUGGUCAAAUGGACAUACACACGGGACAUGGCUCUCCCUCAGGCCAACAGGAUGUGUAUGAUAAAACUGGCAACAACAACACAGUAGAGGUGUCAAUUCACAACAGGCUGCAGACCUAUCAGCUGAGCCAGCCCAGCACUGAGUCCAUGCCUCUGGCCCUGGCAGCGCCGCCCGCCCUCCUCAGCCCCGUCCAAACCGGGGAACUCCGCCCAGAAACUCUCAUCCAGUGCCAGCAAAUCGUCAAAGUGAUCGUCGUGGACCAGAGCGGUCGAGGGCGCAUGGAGGCCUUUCUCAGUCAAAGCCCAGCUGCACAUCAGCUCAUCCAAUCAGCUAUGUCAACACCUGUACGUGUGAGGGAAGGAGAUGGACCUCAGCCCCCGCUGCCCCCUCCCCCGCCUCCUUACAACCACCCCCACCAGUUCUGUCCUCCCGACUCACCCAUGCCCCUGCAUCACACCAUCCCGCUCACCCGCAGGCGGAACUCCAGUGGCUCCCGCAGCAUUGUUUGA